UAGACACUGCAUCCCUGGUCAUCAUCACAAAACAAAGCAAAGUCGAAUUAGUUAAAAAUUUAGAAAAUCUUAAAUAAACUCCUUUAGUAAAUCUAACCAGCAAGUCACGACCAUGGCCGCGUUGGCCAGUUUGACCGCCCAGUACACCGACUCAGAAAAUGAAGGCGAGGCCAGUCCGGAUUCCCAAAACUCAACGGCGUCCCAGGUAAUCAUUCCGAAGCGGCCAUCGCCAACUCCCACAAAACAGGAUCCCGAAACUAAGCGCCAAGAAAAAAAGAAAAGGAAGCGGGCCAAGAAAGUCCGCAGGCUGGUGAGCUACCAGGAUGACACCCUUAUUUCAGACGAGGAAGAAGACAAGGCUGCAGCCCAAUCCAGCGAGGAGGAGUCAAGCAGCGAUUCGGAAAGCGACAGUUCCGGUUCCAGGAGUGAGGACAGCUCAAAGGCAAAGGACAAGAGCAAUGCUGGUAACGGAACCCGGGAUGGAGAUGAUGUCAUGGAGGUGGAUGAGGAGUCGGCAGACUUUCCCACUGACGAACGAACUGCUGAGAGCUAUGAGAAGGAUCCGAAAUAUGCCAAGUACAAGUUUCAAUUACCGCCAGAGCCGAAGGGCAAACCGCCACCAGAACUAGUGGCCAAGAUCACCAAAAUGUACACAAAGAUGCGGCAGACGAAUAUGGACAUGAACCGCGUGAUCCAAGACCGCAAGGAGUUCCGCAACCCCAGCAUCUACGACAAACUGAUUAGCUUUUGUGACAUUAACGAGUUUGGCACCAACUAUCCUCCGGAGAUCUAUGACCCUCUACAGUGGGGCGAGGAGUCCUACUAUGAGGCUCUUGCCGCCGUUCAAAAGACAGAAAUGGUUAAAAGACAGAAGGAUCGCAAGGAUAUGGACAAGGUUGAACAGGUCACGGCUUUGGCCAGGAAAGUCGAAGAGGAAGCCAAAAAGCGGAAAUCUAAGUGGGAUCAGCCAGCUCCGUCCACUAAGCCUACUCUGCCUGCUCUGACCACCACGGUCACGGGCACCAAGGGCACGGUUAUCUCCGCCUUCGGUUCGCUCCCCAAGAAACCAACCGCUUAGUCAGUUAUUCAAUAAAUUUAUAAUUU